UUAGAUUCCAGAAGAAGGAUGAAUCCAUCACAACUACAGUUACCAAAGCUCUGUUCUAAACGUAGAUUCUUCUUCACUCUAGUCUUACUCUUCUCUCUCUAUUACAUCUUAACCACUAUCAGAACCAUCACCAUCCCUUCUUCUUCCCAAGAUCCUCACCGUCAUCAUCCACAGCUUCAAGAACCUUCCAUGCCCCAUCACUCCUCUCCUCCAAAACCUUCAGCAAACCAACCAUCACCACCGUCAUCAUCAUUGCCUUACUUUCCACUCUGUCCCAAGAACUUCACCAACUACUUGCCCUGCCACGAUCCAUCAACAGCACGACAGUACAACAUUGAAAGACACUACCGGAGAGAGAGGCACUGCCCUGACUCAUCAUCCCACGAGAAGAAGCUCAGGUGUUUGGUCCCAAAGCCCUCUGGCUACAAAACGCCUUUUCCUUGGCCUGAUAGUAGAAGCUACGCUUGGUUCAAGAACGUUCCCUUCAAGAAGCUAGCUGAGUUUAAAAAGACUCAGAACUGGGUUAGGCUUGAAAGAGACCGCUUUGUUUUCCCCGGAGGUGGGACUUCAUUCCCUGGUGGCGUGAAGGACUAUGUUGAUGUGAUUAUGAAGGUUUUGCCAUUAGCUUCUGGGAGUAUCAGGACUGUUCUUGAUGUUGGAUGUGGAGUAGCGAGUUUUGGAGCUUUUUUGCUUAACCAUAACAUCUUGACAAUGUCAAUAGCACCUAGGGAUGUACACGAGGCUCAAGUUCAGUUUGCAUUAGAACGUGGACUCCCUUCUAUGCUCGGUGUUCUAAGCACUUAUAAACUGCCUUACCCUUCAAAGUCUUUUGACAUGGUCCAUUGUUCUAGGUGCCUUGUCAACUGGACUGCCUAUGAUGGGCUUUACUUGAUGGAGGUUGAUCGUGUUCUACGUCCUGGUGGAUACUGGGUGCUUUCUGGACCACCCGUAACAUCAAUGGUUAAAGCCAAGAACCAGAAGAGAGAUUUGCAGAAGGAGAUGGAGAAACUAAAUGAUGUUUUCAGAAAACUUUGUUGGGAGAAGAUUGCUGAAAGAUACCCAGUUGUCAUAUGGAGAAAGCCUUCUAAUCAUUUGCAGUGUAUAAAAAGACUAAAAGCUCUUAAGUUUCCUGGUCGCUGCUCUUCUGGUGACGACCCGAACGCUGCAUGGUACAAAGAGAUGGAGCCGUGCAUCACUCCUCUUCUAAAUGUUAAUGACACACACAAAAGAGUUCUUAGAAACUGGCCUGAGAGACUAAAUCACGUGCCUGAGCGACAUGGAGUGACCAUUUCGAGAUUGAAAGCUGACACUAACCUGUGGCAGAGAAUAGUUGUGUACUAUGACACUAAGUUAAAGUUUCUCAGCAAUGGAAAAUACAGAAACGUUAUGGAUAUGAAUGCUGGUUUAGGCGGUUUUGCUGCAGCAUUGAGCAAAUAUCCAAUGUGGGUGAUGAAUGUGGUACCGUUUGAUCUUAAACCGAACACACUCGGUGUUGUGUUCGACCGUGGCCUCAUUGGAACUUACAUGAACUGGUGUGAAGCUUUCUCUACGUACCCUAGAACCUAUGAUCUGAUUCAUGCCAAUGGUUUGUUCAGCUUGUACUUGGACAAAUGUGACAUUGUUGAUAUACUAUUGGAGAUGCAGAGGAUUCUUAGACCCGGAGGAGCUGUUAUAAUUAGAGACGGUUUUGAUGUCCUUAUGAAAGUGAAGGCUAUAACCAAUCAAAUGAGAUGGAAUGGUACAAUGUAUUCAGAAGCAGAUAAUAGUUUUGACCAUGGAACAAUACUAAUUGUAGAUAAUUCAUUUAAAUAA